AUGAAAUUCUGUCCCUUUCCCGAUGAACCUCAUCAAACAAUCGCCACAACAAGUCACGGUAGUACUCUUUGUUUGCCGUCUGGCCAGGUGAAAAGUACUCAUGAUGAACAAUGCUUGUCGUUGAAGAAAUCCUUCUGCCGUAUUUUUCAAAUUCCUUCGACUCGUUCGUACUCUCUUCUGUCCCGGAAAUCUAUUCAUUAUCUAUUUAUCUAUCUAUCUCAAUCUGUUCAUAUCUAUCUUUAUAUCCCAGUCUAUUCAUAUCUAUCUAUCUAUCUAUCUAUCUAUCUAUCUAUCUAUCUAUCUAUCUAUCUAUCUAUCUAUCCCUUAUCUAUCUAUCUAUCUAUCUAUCUAUCUAUCUAUCUAUCUAUCUAUCUAUCUCAGCCUUAUCUAUCUAUCAUCUAUCUAUCUAUCUAUCUAUCUAUCUAUCUAUCUAUCUAUCUAUCUAUCCAUCUAUGUAUCUUAAUACCACAGACUGUUAGUAUCUAUCUAUCUAUCUAUCUAUCUCAGCCUAGUGUUAGUAUCUAUCUAUCUAUCUAUCUAUCUAUCUAUCUAUCUAUCUAUCUAUCUAUCUCAGCCUUAUCUAUCUAUCUAUCUAUCUAUCUCAGCCUGUUCAUAUCUAUCCAUCUAUCUAUCUUAAUACCACAGACUGUUAGUAUCUAUCUAUCUAUCUAUCUAUCUAUCUAUCUAUCUAUCUAUCUAUCUAUCUAUCUAUCUAUCGCAGCCUAUUGUUAUCUGUGUGUGCGCGCGCAUGUGUCUGUACAAAAUUAUAUCGUUAUUAAGUAA